UUUUCGCACUUUGUGACUUGUUGGAGAGGUGGUAUGGGUUGGAAGAGGGGGAAAGAAUUUCAGUGCAAGAGCAGGUGGCUAUCUUUUUAUGAAUUGUGGGCCAACGGGCAAAUAAUAGAAAUGCCCAAGAGCGUUUCCAACAUUCAGGGGAGACCAUAUCUAGGCGUUUCCAUAAUGUACUACAUUCCUUUAACACCAUGGCUAUCGAGUGGAUUAAACCUUGGCCAUGGCCUCGCGAAGAGGUGCAUUCGAAAAUACUAGGGAACAGCAGAUACUAUUCACAUUUUGCGAAUUGCAUUGGAGCAAUUGAUGGCACUCACAUAAAGGCCUAUCCUGAUUCAGAGCAGCUAUUGCGAUGGAUUGGUCGGAAGGGAUAUCCAACAAAAAAUAUUAUGGCGGCAUGCGAUUUUGAUAUGUGUUUCACUUUUGCAUUAAUGGGAUGGAAGGGAAGUGCACACGAUACAAGGAUAUUCAAUGAUUGCUUAAGGAACCCAGAGUUCAAUUUUUUGGCCCCACGAGGAGGUUAG